GACACCGAAUGGAAACAUCCGCAUACGUCUGGGAGAAUGGGAUGUCAGAGACCAAGAUGAAAAAUUGGCCUACGAAGAGUAUUCCGUAGAAAGAAAGGAAGUUCAUCCUUCAUAUUCGCCAUCGGAUUUCAAGAACGACGUAGCCUUAGUCAAGUUGGAUAGAAACGUGAGGUUCAAGCAACACAUUAUUCCCGUUUGCCUUCCAUCUCCAACAAUGAAGUUAGUCGGUAAAAAAGCAACAGUAGCAGGUUGGGGAAGAACUAGACACGGUCAAGCUACGGUUCCUUCCACUUUACAAGAAGUUGACGUUGAAGUGAUACCAAAUGAAAGAUGCCAAAGAUGGUUCAGGGCAGCGGGAAGGAGAGAAAUCAUACAUGAUGUCUUCUUGUGCGCUGGAUAUAAAGAGGGAGGUCGUGAUUCCUGUCAAGGAGAUUCUGGAGGGCCAUUAACACUCACCAUAGAAGGUCGUAAGACACUUAUCGGUCUUGUGUCAUGGGGCAUAGGCUGUGGACGUGAACACCUUCCAGGAGUGUAUACGAAUAUUCAGAAAUUCGUACCCUGGCUGGACAAAAUAAUGGGACAACCUUGAGGAAAGGACAUACCUAAUUCUGAAAGAUUGUGAAGAUAUUCUACUUAUUCUAUCACCGAAUAGAAAGAGGAUGUUUUUUAUUUAUCAGUUCGUUGUCACAUACAAAUAUGGAUUGAUGAUUACAAAGGUGCUGGAAUACCCAGAUAUACGCUGAUUCUCAAAAUUGAUAUUUUCUAUUACGGAUAUUUGAAUAUUCUACUCAUUCAUUCAAACAAAUGGUUCAGGUACUGGAAUUCAUUGAUAUGAGCUAUUAGUUUCGAAUCAACAUAGAAUCCAUAUUUCAUCUCCUUUGGUUGAAAUGGAGAACAUUUAUAGACUGGUUCUUCAUAGUUUCAAUGUUGUACCAAAUCAAACUCAAUUUCAUUGAAAUCUAGUUGUUGUAUCACAUAUGAUAUGAUAUCAAGCUAUUUCCAAAAUAUCUACCAUAAUUUAGUUAUGAUCCUCAAAUAAAUAUACACUUUGAUGGAAAACAACUUGACGAAAUUCAGAAGUGAUAAUCAUUCAACAAACAUUGAACCAUUACGUCAAUUUUUUUUCUUCAUUUUUGAAUUA